CUCUGUUUGUCCGCAGAAAAGGAGCAAAAUGUGCGCCGUGCAGCUGCUGCGUGUGUCGGUCCGUGAGCGGAUCACCGCCGCCGCUGAAGACGUCCUGCUGCGGCUGGAAGCAGGAGAAGAAGCGGCGCUGAGAGCGCUGCUCACCGAGCGGCUAACGGCGGCUGCGGAGGAGAUCGUCGGUCUGUUGGAGGAAACCGUGGCGGAGUACGAAGACAGAGUGGAGCGGUCAGAGCGGGAGAUCUGCCGCCAGAGGAGGCUGCUCGAUGCCGUGCUGAAGCCCCAAGUCCGGCUGCACAGAACAGGUUUACCUCCAGGUGUCCAGAGAGUGGUCUUUGUUGUUAAAGAGGAGCAGCAGGAGAGGAGCUGCAGUCUGGACCAGAACCAGGGCCAGGAGAACCCGGAGCCCCCACACAUUAAAGAGGAACAGGAGGAACCUCGGAGCAGUCAGCAGGGAGAGCAGCUUCAGGGGCUGGAGGAGGCUGAUAUCACCUGUGUUCCUGUGAGGAGUGAAGAAGAUGAAGAGACACCUCAGUCCUCACAGCUUCAUCAAACACAAACUGAACAGAUGGAAACAGAAGUUGACAGAGAGGACUGUGGAGGACCAGAACCAGACAGGAACUCUGAUCCAGAUCCAGAUUUACAAAUCAGGAUUCAAGAGAAACCACAUAGCUGUGCAGUUUGUGGUGAAACUUUAAAUAAAAGGGGAAGCUUGAAGGCACACAUGAAACGCCACAGAGUAGAGAAACUCUACAGCUGCUCAGUGUGUAAGAUGACUUUUAGAGUGGGUUCUCAAGUGAAGAUACACAUGAGAAUCCACACAGGAGAGAAACCGUUCGUCUGCUCUGAUUGUGGCAAAACAUUUUCUAGCAGAGGUAAUCUGACGAGACACAUUAGAACUCACACGGGAGAAAAACCUUAUAUCUGCUCAAUCUGUAAUAAGUCUUUUAGACUGAGUGUUCAGUUAAGGAACCACGUGGCAGUCCACACAGGACACAAACCCUUCAUCUGCUCUGUCUGUCAGAAAGCUUUUUCACGUAGCGAUUGUUUACUGAACCACAUGAGAACCCACACAGGAGAGAAACCGUUCAGCUGCUCAGUGUGUCAGAAAACUUUUACACAAAGUGUACAUGUUCAGGUUCAUAUGAGAACUCACACAGGAGAGAAACCGUUCAGCUGCUCGGUGUGUAACAGAUCUUUUUCACUGGCUGGGGUUUUAAGGAAACACAUGAAAACUCACUCGGAGGAGAAACGAUUCAACUGCAGUGUUUGUAACGGCAGAUUCCAAAAGCUUGCUCAGCUCAGACACCACAAGAUGUUCUGCUUCGAGUCGACCGGUUUGGAAGCUUCUUUCAGCUCUGAGACCAGAUAGUCACUGAAUAUUUUUAUAAAUACAGUUUAAAGAACUGGCAGGCUUAAGGAUGAAUGUACUAGUUUUUUAAUAACUGUCCAGAAACUACAUUAAGUUGAAAAAUUUGAUUUUUUUUUUCAUCAGGUGGAAUCAUUUCACUAAAUAAACUUAGUUGAAGUAAACCCCAGUAUAAAAUUGGUAACUUGUAGUUUAAAAAGCCUGUUCUCCAGUCCAUAUAAAACAAAAUGUUUACUUGAAUGUACUCAGCAUUAGAGGUGGGAAUCACCAGAGACCCCACGAUACGAUUUUAUCGCGAUACUUGAGUCACAAUACGAUAUUAUUGCGAUUUUAAGCAUUUCGCGAUAUGGUGAGUAUUGCGAUACAAUAUAUUGCGAUUUUACUGUUUAAAAUUACUUAUUUAACUGCAUUUUGUGUCCACAAAAUUAAAUUAAAUCGAAAAUUGUUUUGUCAAAUAAGACAGUCUUUUUAUUUCUCCACAAUGAGAGUCAAACCCACAGACUGACCAACAAAGUAUUCAGUCAAACUGAACUGAACUGAUAUCAAAUAUGCAGUGCAACGUUUGCUCCGGUGUGACUUUCAUGUUCUGCUCGAGUCUAAAGAACGUGAAACAGACGCUUCCAGUCAUCUGUCGCACAAUGAGCCGUUAUAGUCACAUAUGAAUCUACUGCCCGCGACGUCCACACAACACAAGUUAUCGCAAGUAUAUCUGCUGUUCCCAAACUUUCCUCAACUUCAAGCUUUACUGCUGUGUAUAGCUUUGAUACGGCUGUGUCCGUGAAAUAACGUUGCGACGGAGUCACAUACCUGGUUGCAGUGUCUUUACCAUGUAGCUAAAACCAUCAUUUCCACAACGUUGUAUGGCCUCAAGUCUUUCACAUGAAGCAAGCAAUGGAUUGUGUUAUUUCCUUUGCGUGUUCUGAAUUGAGAGGCAGUUUUGUCGGCUGGUUUCUCGGUAGCACUGAUGUAGCAUUAGCUUUGGCGUCAUCAGUUAAUGCGAUCUCAGGAUGGUGACGAGUUAGAUGAGCCCGCAAGUCCGUUGUAUUCCCCGAGUAUUUUAUUUUCAUCCGGCACUCCUUGCAAACUCCAUGUGUCAUUUCUAUCUCAUUCGUCCCUUCCUUGUUAAAAAAAAAAAUCCAAAAUAAAUCGACACGCUUGACAUUAACGCAGACGGGGCUCUCCUUAUUUAUUAUCUCCGGUGCCGCCAUCUUUGUUGUACCAACUUCUUCUGUCACGCUGACCAUCACCUCUACUGACCUCACCAGAAUAAUACUCAACAGCACCAUCUAGUGGAUCAAAAAAGCAAUUGAUUUCAUUUUAAGUACCAAAGAAUUCACUUCAUUUUUUCCAUUAAUUAUGACAAAAAAGUAUUGAUACUUGGCGGCCAUGAAUCGAUAUUAUAUCGCCACGCAAAAUAUUGCGAUACUAUGCUGUAUCGAUUUUUCCCCCCACCUCUACUCAACAUAUGUUUCAAUAAAAAACAUAGAAAUAAAAUCUAUUAUCUAACACAUAAAUCCUGAUCGCCUCGGUAAGGUUAUGGACUUAAAACCAAAAAAUCCUUUUAAGGUCGACUUCAUCAAUGGAGAAAAUUUCCAGAUGUCUGUGGGAAAAUAUGUAGCAAACUCAUUUACAGAUCCUGAUGAUGAGACAGUUUCUCUUUCUUUUUCAUAAAUUGUUGGAGUUGCAGCUGCUUUUUUAGCUUCAGGUGGCCAUCUGCUUCAUUGUUUCAUAAAUUGAAUAUUCUAUCUGUAUUUGAUAUGAAUGUGAAUAUGAAUCUUUCUUUUUUUUCUGGAAAUAUUUUCAGUUGAACUCAGCUCUUCACUCUGAGCAGAACAGACAGUCAGGUCACCUUCCCUCUGCAGCCCAGUCAGCUGGUCUGUAGAACAUGUAGAACCCACGGUGUGGAACAAUGUUAAUCAGCUCUCAGAUCGGUUACUGGCAGUUUUGUUUUUUUUAAACAUGAAAUAUGCUGCAGAGUCUCUUUUGUUUCUGGUUGUUUUCUCUCGCUGUUGGCUGAUGUAAGAGCCAUAAUAACAAUAGUGUUCAAUAGUUAACUGAAAAAUGUUGAAAUGCUCCUUUAGACUGAUGGUUUGUGAUGUCACGACUACUUUGGCGUCAGUUAUAAUUCAGCAGCCAAAGGAGCAACAGAGUUUUUUGACGGUCUGUUCAUGAUUCAGUCUUGUAACUUUGUUUUUGCUUUUUUUUAAAGUAAAGAAUUCUGAACAUAGUUACCUGGUAUUCCAUAUUCUCUUUAAUUAAUAAUUUUCUUCUUUUUUUAAUUCUUUGUUGCACUUUUUUUUCCUUUUCACUGAAUAGGGUUGCUCACAAAUUUCGUUGUACUUUGUAUAAGCAUUAAAGAUUCUGAUUCAGA